GUGUGUGUGUGUGUGUGUGUGUGUGUGUGUGUGUGUGUGUGUGUGUGUGUUAAAGAUGCAAAGUUUCUCAUGAGCCUUGGAUAUACGCUCACAGUUGUCCUUCCUGACCCCUUGUGGCUGUUAUUAGACAUGACAUGAGUGUCGGAUCCUUCACUUCCCCCUCUCCCUGCGAUGCUGCGGAACUGUAGAGGAUUUUUCACGUCCUGAACCCUUCCAACAUCUGUCUGGUGUACAAAACUGCCUCUCUCCCCUUUGCCCCCCUCCCUUUGUUUAAAGCCUAGCACCUCCACUUCACCACUCUUUGCUCAUUGCUUGUCAUGUCGCACAUCUCUGUGCGUAAAGACAGCACAGUAUGCCCGCUAUCGGUGCGAGCUUCCCAUUUUUAUCCCUUUCUAUUUACAGCUUGUGCCACGCCCUCUUUACCCAGCUGGAUAAAGUUCAACAAGUGUCCUCCUACUUCAGACCAACCGCAGCACAUUAUCACAGAGGAGGAAGAAGAAGGCAUCACUUUUAAAGAUGCUCUGCGCGCUUUUCCAUCUGAAUUUGUGAAGUGAGGCACGGGAGCGAGAGGAGAAAAAGCCAAAGUCCAGCCCUUCGGCAUUUUCACGUUGGUAUCAGAGGGCUCACUGGAGGGCGGGCUGCAUAGUUUGAACGAUGGCUGGAUGUUGUGUGUCUGCAGAGGACAGAGAGAACCAGAGGAUCAACGAGGAGAUCGAGAAGCAGCUGCGCAGAGACAAGAAGGACUCUCGCAGGGAGCUGAAGCUGCUGCUGUUAGGUACUGGAGAGAGUGGGAAGAGCACCUUUAUCAAACAAAUGAGGAUUAUCCAUGGAGGAGGAUACACAGAUGAAGACAAGAGGAGCUACGCCAAACUGGUCUACCAAAACAUCUACACAUCCAUGCAGGCGAUGAUCCGAGCAAUGGAGACACUCAGUAUAGCUUUGGCUGAUCCCAAGAACAAGGGCCAUGCAGACGCAGUCCUGGAGGUUGAAGUGGAUAAGGUGGAAACGUUUGAUGAAGACCUCGCAGCGGGCAUCAAGAGUCUGUGGGAGGAUGGAGGUGUCCAGGACUGCUACGACCGACGCAGGGAAUACCAGCUGUCUGACUCCACCAAAUACUAUCUCAGCGAACUGGAUCGAAUUUCCCAACCCUCUUAUUUACCUGACCUACAGGACAUCCUCAGAGUCCGAGUGCCAACCACAGGUAUCAUCGAGUAUCCAUUUGACAUGGACAAUGUCAUCUUCAGGAUGGUGGAUGUGGGGGGUCAGAGGUCAGAGAGGAGGAAGUGGAUCCACUGCUUUGAGAACGUCACCUCCAUCAUCUUCCUGGUGGCGCUCAGCGAGUACGACCAGGUCCUUGCUGAGUGCGACAACGAGAACCGUAUGGAGGAGAGCAUGGCCCUGUUCAAAACCAUCAUAACCUAUCCCUGGUUCCAGCGCUCCUCUGUCAUACUUUUCCUCAACAAGACUGACAUCCUCCAGGAGAAGAUCGUGUACUCUCAUGUAGCCACCUACUUUCCUGAAUUCACAGGACCUCAGCAGGAUCCGACAGCUGCUCAAGAAUUCAUCCUGAAAAUGUACCAAGAACAAAACCCAGACAAGGAGAAGACGCUGUACCCUCACUUUACCUGCGCCACAGACACAGAAAACAUCCGCUUUGUCUUUGUGGCCGUCAAAGACACCAUCCUCAGACACAACCUGAAGGAAUUCAAUCUGGUGUAAAGAUGAGCAGGAGGACAGGAGAGGAGACGAAGGGAUACAAGAGGGUAGAAGGAAAAACAUGAGGAGAGCCAAGAAAGGAGAAUUACAUAAAAUAAAACAUUAUUGUACUUUUUUUUUUGGCUGUGUAAACAGAGAACAAUUCGAUUUUACAACGCUCGUCCUUGUUUACACAACCACAGAAAAGAUUCUUGGUUUUAUUUUUCAUCAUUUGUGUCUGUAAAAGUCCAGCAAAAGAAAAUGUGAACAUGAAAGAGACAUACCAAAACUACUGUUUCUGUAGGCCGCUGUUUGAAAUGCAAUUUUUGUGUUCUGUGUGUACUUUGUAGUUGAGCCCAUUCCAGCCUUUAUAGAGGUAUACUGUAAGAAAAUGAUAUAGGAAUGUAUAAAUUAGUGUAAAGUAAUAUCAUUGACUAUUGUGUGGGAUAAUUAUUUGACUUCAGAAAUAAUAUCGGAGCGCUUUAACUGCUCAUGCAAUAGCAUUUUGUAAGAGUUCCCUUCAGUCCUGAGUUUUGUGUGCCUGCUCUUACCUGCAUGUGCCUUAUUUACUCAUGACAGUGAGUACAACCAGUUUGUUUUAGAUGUAAAUAAUCCAAGUUGUGCUUCGAUAAAAAAGUCCUACUCAACUGUCUCUUCUCAGGACAAAUGGAAAACAUAUUAAUAUGUUAUUAUGUAACUUCAAUAAA